AACUCGUCUAAUUACCAGUUAAUUUUGUAUCAUCUCUAUUUUUCUUCCGCUGAGUUGUUUGGAUCUUAUUGCUACUCAGAUCUUUGGAGAAGUCCGCAAUGGUAUUUUUGAAGGGUGUAUCAGCGCUAUAUAGGCUAAGAUCCCGUGUGAAACAGCAUUCCAAUCUCAGCACCUCUGUUAGAUGGCUUCAAACGCAGACCUCUUCCGAUGUUGAUCUUCAUUCGCAGUUAAAGGAAUUGAUUCCAGAACAACAGGAGCGCCUGAAGAAACUGAGGGCAGAACAUGGAAAAGUACAACUUGGGAAUAUCACUGUUGAUAUGGUCAUUGGUGGAAUGAGAGGAAUGACAGGGCUGCUUUGGGAAACCUCAUUACUUGACCCAGAUGAGGGAAUUCGCUUUAGGGGUUUGUCUAUUCCCGAGUGUCAAAAGCUUUUGCCAGGUGCAAAGCCAGAUGGAGAACCUUUGCCUGAGGGUCUUUUAUGGCUUCUUUUGACUGGAAAGGUGCCAAGCAAAGCUCAGGUGGAUGCUUUAUCUCAGGAACUGCGUGACCGUGCUGUUGUUCCAGAUUACGUGUUCAAGGCCAUUGAUGCUCUACCUGUCUCAACACAUCCAAUGACUCAAUUUGCAACUGGUGUUAUGGCACUCCAGGUUCAAAGUGAAUUUCAGAAAGCAUAUGAGAAAGGAAUUUCAAAGGCAAAGUAUUGGGAGCCAACAUAUGAAGAUGCUCUUAGUUUGAUUGCUCGUGUGCCAUUCGUAGCUUCUUAUGUUUAUAGAAGGAUGUAUAAAGAUGGAAAAUUCAUUCCCAUGGAUGACUCGCUGGAUUAUGGAGGAAAUUUUUCGCACAUGCUGGGAUUCAGUAGUCCCCAAAUGCAUGAGCUUAUGAGGCUUUAUGUCACUAUUCAUAGUGAUCAUGAAGGUGGAAAUGUUAGCGCCCAUACUGGCCAUUUGGUGGGCAGUGCCCUUUCAGAUCCCUAUCUUUCCUUCGCAGCUGCACUGAAUGGGUUAGCUGGGCCACUUCAUGGUCUGGCUAAUCAGGAAGUGUUACUGUGGAUCAAAUCUGUGGUAGAUGAGUGUGGAGAGAACAUAUCCAAAGAGCAGCUUAAAGACUAUGUCUGGAAGACACUGAAUGGUGGCAAGGUUGUACCAGGAUUUGGUCAUGGAGUGCUGCGUAAAACUGAUCCAAGAUACAUGUGUCAGAGGGAGUUUGCAUUAAAGCACUUGCCUGAUGAUCCCUUAUUCAAGCUGGUUUCACAACUUUAUGAGGUGGUGCCUCCUAUUCUUACUGAGUUAGGCAAGGUUAAAAACCCCUGGCCCAAUGUUGAUGCACACAGUGGAGUGCUGCUGAACCAUUUUGGUUUGACUGAAGCAAGAUACUAUACCGUUCUUUUUGGUGUAUCCAGGAGUAUUGGAAUUUGCUCUCAGCUUAUAUGGGACCGAGCACUAGGAUUGCCCCUCGAAAGGCCGAAAAGUGUUACAAUGGAUUGGCUAGAAAAUUACUGCAAGAAAGCAAAAGCAGCUUGAAGUUGUGGAUGAACCUUCUCUUUUUGGCUAAUAGUAAAUAAACUACCCACAAGGCUUGGUUUUGUACAAUGUCAAGCUGUUACAUUUUUCCUAUUUGUUUGCUGGGAAAAUUACUUGAGAAAACAAUUAUUUGUUUUAUAGCUCACUGAAAUAAAAACAACAGCAGAUCUGUCAA